CUUCAACAGCGCGCGUGCCCUAAAUCUUCUGCUUCUCCCGCUAGUCCCGCCAACUUUCGGCGUUUCAAGCGCAGCUUAAAUCCUCGGGUUCCCCGGCACUUCUCUCUUUCUCUCACUCUCUCUUGCUCUUGCACCACUCCGCUUAUCCGCUCGGGGUUCUCGUUCCUGGUCUUCGUCUUGGGUUCCGAACCCUAGAGAACGACGGCGAUCAAGAACCCUAAAGAAAAACCCUAGUAGGGCCAAGAUGAGCUACGCGGCGUUCAAGAUGAUGCACUGGCCGACGGGCAUCGAGCACUGCGCCUCUGGGUUCAUCACCCACUCCCCUUCCGACUCUUCGCCCCCGCAGAUUCCCCCGGCCCAGGCCGACGACCUCGACUCUUCUGAGUGGCCCACCCAGAGGCGAGUCGGUCCCGUCCCCAACCUCGUCGUGACCGCGGCCAAUAUCUUGGAGGUCUACCUCGUUAGGAUCCAGGAGGAUGAUGACAGGAUCCCUCGGCCCACCGGCGACCAGCAUGGCGGAGGUGGCACCAUGGAUGGCCUCGCUGGUGCUCGGCUUGAGCUCGUCUGCCAUUACCGUUUGCAUGGUAAUGUUGAAUCAAUGGCGAUACUGUCUCUUGGAGUUGAUGACCACAACAAGAGAAGAGAUUCAAUAAUGCUAGCAUUUCAAGAUGCAAAAAUUACAGUUCUGGAAUAUGAUGAUUCAUCCCAUGAAUUGCGUACUAGUUCAAUGCACUGCUUUGAGGGACCGGACUGGCUUUAUUUAAAGAGAGGUAGAGAAUCUUUUGCAAGGGGUCCUGUAGUAAAGGCAGAUCCCCUUGGUCGUUGCAGUGGAGCACUUAUAUAUGGGCUUCAGAUGAUUGUUUUGAAGGCUGCUCAGGUUGGUCAAGGGUUGGUUGGAGAUGAUGAGCCUACUAGCACCGGUGGUGCAGUUUCUGUUCGAAUUGAGUCAUCAUAUGUAAUAAACUUGCGUGAUUUGGACAUGAAGCAUGUGAAGGAUUUCACCUUUGUUCAUGGUUAUAUCGAGCCUGUUAUGGUCAUACUUCAUGAAAAAGAACCUACUUGGGCUGGGCGAAUCUCGUGGAAGCAUCACACAUGCAUGAUAUCUGCACUUAGCAUCAGCACGACUCUUAAACAGCAUCCUAUGAUAUGGUCCGCUUCAAAUAUUCCUCAUGAUGCAAACAAACUUCUCGCUGUGCCUUCUCCUAUUGGUGGUGUUCUUGUUAUCUGUGCCAAUACUAUUCAUUACCACAGUCAGUCCGCCACUUGCUCGCUUGCCCUCAACAGCUUUGCUACCCAGCCAGAAGGCAGUUCAGAAAUGCCAAAAGCAAAGUUUACAGUGGAGCUUGAUGCAGCCAAUGUGACAUGGUUAUCACCUGAUGUGGCCAUGUUCUCAUCAAAGACAGGCGAUCUAUUACUGCUAACAUUAAUUUAUGAUGGGAGAGUUGUGCAGAGACUUGAACUCAUGAAAUCAAAGGCUUCAGUUUUGACCUCGGGCAUCACAACCAUCGGUAGUUCCUUCUUUUUCUUGGGUAGCCGCUUGGGGGACAGUCUUCUUGUUCAGUAUAGUACUGGAACAUCUGGUCCAACUUCUGCAAAUGGGAAAGAUGAGGUUGCUGAUACCGAAGGUGAUCUCCACUUAGCAAAGCGUUUACGAAGGACACCGUCCGAUGCUCUACAAGAGUUUGCUAGUGGUGAGGAGCUUUCUCUGUACACUACUACCCCAGAUAGCUCUGAAACAGCUCAGAAGUUCUUCUCAUUUAUUGUCAGAGAUUCUUUGAUCAAUGUUGGUCCAUUGAAGGAUUUCUCCUAUGGUUUAAGAAUCAAUGCUGAUCCCAAUGCAACCGGAAUUGCAAAGCAAAGUAAUUAUGAACUGGUAUGUUGUUCGGGUCAUGGGAAGAAUGGAGCUCUUUGUGUGCUUCAACAAUCAAUUCGUCCUGAAUUGAUCACUGAGGUUGAGUUGCCUGGAUGCAAGGGGAUAUGGUCUGUCUACCAUAAGGGCUCUCGUGGUCAUGCAGCUGACUCGUCAAAAACAAUGAUGGAAGAUGAUGAAUAUCAUGCCUACUUAAUAAUAAGUUUGGAGACCCGUACUAUGGUUCUUGAGACAGCUGAUGAUCUGGGAGAGGUCACGGAAACUGUCGAUUAUUAUGUUCAAGGAAGUACAAUUGCUGCAGGGAACUUAUUUGGAAGGCGUCGUGUUGUACAAAUUUUUGCACGUGGUGCUCGUAUUCUUGAUGGUUCUUACAUGACCCAGGAGUUGACCUUUGGAGUGCAUAAUUCUGAGUUAAUAUCUAAUUCAGAGGCACCUGUGGUGGCAUCUGUUUCUAUUGCUGACCCAUAUGUAUUGUUGAAAAUGACUGAUGGAAGCAUUCAACUACUUGUUGGAGAUCCGUCCACUUGCACAGUUUCUGUCAAUGUCCCAGCUACAUUUGCAAGCUCAACUGAAUUGAUUUCUGCUUGUGCACUUUAUCAUGACAAAGGGCCAGAACCAUGGCUCCGAAAGACAAGUACAGAUGCAUGGCUUUCUACUGGAAUUGCUGAGGCGGUUGAUGGACAUGAUGGAUUAUACAAUGAUCAAGGCGAUAUAUAUUGUUUGGUGUGUUAUGAAAGUGGCACACUUGAAAUCUUUGACGUAUCAAAUUUCAAAUGUGUUUUCUCUGUAGACAAUUUUGUUUCUGGAAAGACCCAUCUCUUUGACAAAUAUGCUCGAGAACCAAGCAGAAACUCUCAGGGUAUUAAAUCGAAAGUUACUGAUGAAGCAAAUGGCUCUGUAAAGAAAGAGCUGCCACAAGACAUGAAAAUUGUUGAGUUAGCCAUGCAGAGAUGGUCUGGUCAAUAUAGUCGACCAUUUCUUUUUGGAAUACUAAGUGAUGGAACGAUGCUUUGUUAUCAUGCAUACUUAUACGAGGGUCUGGAAAAUACACCAAAAGUUGAAGAUGCAGUUUCCCCUCACAGAUCUGCUGAGAUGGGCAACGUGAGUGCUUCAAGACUUCACAAUUUGAGAUUUAUCCGUGUUGCUGUUGACACGGCUACAAGUGAAGAGGCUUCAAAUAUUGUUUCAAGGCCAAGAAUUACAGUAUUCAAGAAUGUUGGUGGCUACCAAGGUUUAUUCCUUUCUGGGUCAAGACCAGCUUGGUUUAUGGUUUGUAGGGAGCGACUUCGAGUUCAUCCCCAGCUCUGCGAUGGCUCCAUUGUGGCUUUCACUGUUCUACACAAUGUAAAUUGUAAUCAUGGACUUAUAUAUGUCACCUCACAGGGCUAUCUGAAAAUCUGCCAGCUGCCAGCUGUGUGCAACUACGAUAACUAUUGGCCAGUUCAGAAGGUCCCUUUGAGGGGCACCCCACAUCAGGUCACUUACUAUUCUGAAAAGAACCUGUAUCCACUGAUAGUAUCUGUCCCAGUUGUUAAGCCUCUUAGUCAAGUCCUUUCGUCUUUGGUUGAUCAAGAUACUGUUCAUCUUAGUGAUAAUGAUAGUGUUAACUCGGAUGAUCUUCAAAAAAUUUAUACUGUUGAUGAGUUUGAGAUCCGCAUUUUGGAGUCAGGAAAAUCUGGUGGACACUGGGAAACAAGGGCUACCAUUCCGAUGCAAACCUCUGAAAAUGCUCUCACUGUUAGGGUGGUUACACUAUUUAAUACGACAACAAGGGAAAAUGAAACUCUUUUAUCUGUUGGCACAGCUUAUGUGCAAGGUGAGGAUGUAGCUGCUAGAGGAAGAAUGCUGCUAUACUCGUUUGGCAAAAAUACUGAGAAUGCUCAAAAUCUGGUUUCCGAGGUUUACUCCAAAGAGUUGAAGGGAGCUGUUUCUGCUUUAGCAUCUCUCCAAGGUCAUUUGCUGGUAGCAUCUGGCCCAAAGAUCACCUUGCACAAGUGGACUGGUACUGAAUUGAAUGGUAUUGCAUUCUAUGAUGCGCCUCUACAUGUUGUGAGUUUGAACAUUGUCAAAAAUUUUGUCUUGUUGGGAGACAUCCACAAAAGCAUCUAUUUUCUCAAUUGGAAAGAGCAGGGUGCUCAGUUGAGCUUGCUGGCAAAGGAUUUUGGUUCUCUUGAUUGUUAUGCAACUGAAUUUUUGAUUGAUGGAAGUACAUUGAGUCUUGUAGUUUCUGAUGAUGACAAAAAUAUCCAGAUAUUCUAUUAUGCUCCAAAAACACUAGAGAGUUGGAAAGGGCAGAAGCUUUUGCCUAGAGCUGAAUUUCAUGCCGGGACCCAUGUGACAAAGUUCUUGAGACUGCAGAUGCUCUCUUCCUCUUUUGAUAGAGCCAAUACAGCUCCAGGAUCGGACAAGACCAACCGGUUUGCCCUUCUAUUCAGCACGCUAGAUGGGAGCAUUGGCUGCAUCGCCCCACUCGAUGAGCUAACCUUCCGGAGGCUUCAAACCCUGCAAAGGAAAUUGGUUGAUGCUGUUCCACAUACAUGUGGCUUGAACCCAAGAUCAUUUCGACAAUUCCGUUCAAAUGGAAAGGCACAUCGUCCUGGUCCUGAUAAUAUGGUGGACUGUGAGCUUCUUUCCCAGUAUGAAAUGCUGCCACUAGACAAACAGCUAGAAAUUGCUUUUCAAAUUGGUACAACCCGCUCACAAAUUCUUUCCAAUUUAAAUGAUCUUUCGCUCGGAACAAGCUUCUUGUAACAGUAGGAGUGCAAACUUUCAACUCGUCAGGAGCAUCUCUUGCAUCUUUAUCAUCGGUGUAACACUCCUGUCUUCCAGUGUGAUGCUUCAUUAAUAUUUACAGCUGUACAAAAGAAAAUAUGUAUCCUCGACCAACUGUGAUUGUGCACUCUGAUGCAGCAAGGCAUUAAAAGUGGCUUGACACAUUUAUUUGCCAAAUGAUGCUUCAUCAAGCGGUCAUUCCAUCAUAGCAGUGGAAAUUGUGACUUCGUUACUUCACACAAAUUGUGAUUUCCUUCUUCCAUCUUUCUAAUGUAAUUUGAUGCCCGUAUGUUGAAUGAUGCUGGUGCAUGCCUCAACCUGUAGUUGUCGUAGUAGCUAAGCUUUAUGUACUCUUUAUGCGUUUACUCAGCUUAGCAUUGUAACAACCAUAGAAAUAUUCAAUUUAUUUACCAUUAACA